CCAAGCUUCAGGAGUUUUUGCAAAAUCUCAAUGACUGUCACUCAGAGACCUUAAACUACAUUUCUAGAGCUCAGGGGAUCCUCUCUUUGAUUGAAGAAGCCAGGCUGACAAAAGCACCUGGAAAAAACAAAGAUGUAUGUGAAGAGCUUAACAGCAACAUAGCCCUUCAUCUUUAUCAAGUCAAAACAGCAAUGGAAAAAGCUUCACAAGUUUUUGAAUCUUGCCUGAAAGAGGGCGUAAAAAAUUCCAAACACUCAUGUGAUAAAACCUUGAAUCACUUCUUAUUUCCUCGGGGAAAGACAAGUAGUGCUUAUCACAGAACAUUAAAGUGUAUUUUCAAAAAUGGCGAAGUCUACAAACCUAAAAAGGGAAAAGAAAUAAACCUCAACAUGAAACUCACUUCAUUCCUGACUGACAGCAUCGAUGAGGAAUUCAGGAAGACUUUCCCAAAUGAACGAAAAUGUGGUCCAUUUAAUGGAGUCAUCAGCAACUUUUCACUCGACACCGAAAGUCUGAAGCACACGUACAAAGAUGUAAAACUGCAGCUGAUAUUUCUCAAGACAGAGGAGGAAAAAAUUAAGACAAAACUAAACAAAAGGAUUCGAGACCAAAAGAAAAUAAUCUACAGCAGUCUGACGCAGACAAUUGAGGAAACCAUGCAAGAGUGCUAUAAAAUGGCAGCAGGGUACUUGGGUCCUGGUAUGCUGGUAUGCUGGAGAAAAUGAGAGAAACACUAGUAAAACAUGUUCAUGAAUCAAAGGAUACCAUGUUUGAGAAGGCUAAAGAUGUCAUGUUGAACCACCUCCUGAGCUUAAGGGUGGAAAUCCAGAACACAAUGAUGGACACAUUGAAAAACUCCAUUGAACUCUCCCUCAGGACUGAUGGACACUCAAUUCCAGGUAAAGCAAGACUUAUUUGUGUUUGAAAUGAGGACUGAAAGGCAUUCUGUAAAUAUCUGAUGCUAUAUUUAAUCAUUAAUUCCUUUUUUAGAUGUUUCAACAGAGCUCACAAUGUUAAAUAAAUUCUACAAUGAGCAGAAAAAUGCAGCUUAAAUUAGGGCACCUUGUGGAAAGGGUAAAGUUUUAAACAUGACAGUAAAUAUAUGUAUUUAUUUUGACUAUGUACACUAUAAUAAUGUUCUAUGCUUUAAAUAAUGCUGUCUUUCAAAGUAACAGCUCCACUGAAGCCAUAAGGGUCAGCAUGAUGAAUACUGAACCAUCUUUGCUUCAAGAAUAUUAUUGUUGAUGUAAAACUAAUUUACUGCUAUUGUCAUGUUUUUCUGAUCUAUAACCAUUUUUUAAAAAUAAAUGUCUAUAUGGUAAUCAAAAUAAUUACAAAAAGUUUUUUUUACUUUAUUUUGAAGGACUUUGGCUUUUAUUUGUUCUUUGACAAAUGAUUUCUGAUUGUUAAAGAGAAAUAAAAAAGUGUAAUUAAUGACAAAGACGUCUGGUUGAACAGAGCCAGAAUUUUACAUAAGAAGCCAGAAACCUAUUACUGUAUAAUAAAGAUAGAGACAGCUUUAGCUGUAAAUGUCGUUGUAUUUUUACUUGUUUGCUCUUGGUGGUAACAGUUGGAAUAAAUAUAAAAACCAAAAAUUGACCUUGUAAAGUUAGAAUAGUGGACACACAAAGACUUUUGGCAAAAUAGUGUAUGUUUCCUCAUUCAGUCACUCAUUGUGUUUGCCUGUGUUCGCCAUCUCCACUUCCUCCCCUGCUUAUCCAUAACAUCCAAACUCCUCCUAAUCUCAGUCAUGUAACAUACCACA